UGCCCAGGUGUGUCUGUGCCGGUGCACAGCUGUGUGUUGUCUGCCUUCAGUCCUUGGCUCUGUGGGGCUCUGUCAGCCAUGCCAUCCCUCCGGAACGGGCAGAGGAGACUGAUUGAAGUUCAAGCCGUGGAGGCCUGUACGUUGCUCAGUCUGGUCAGUCUGCUGUACUCCGGUCAGUUGAACGAGGACAAAGAGGAAGUCCUCUCAGCAGCCUGUAAACUCGGCAUUGACAUACCUCAGCAAGUAUCAAAGAGGCCGGCAACUGAGCGAAACACACAGACAGAGUGCAUGAAAGAGAUGGCGGAGAGAGAGUGUCAAACCGAGGCUGUUCCUUCUGAAUGUCAAAACCCCAAAGAGACCAUUGAAAGUGUUCAUCUGAUCGGGACGUCGUCAUGGAGGACCGAUCAGGGGCUCAGCACGUACACCGAUGGCUCUGAUAUCACCCUGGCCACACUUCAAAACAUCCAGGGUAAUCCAGAGAACAUGCCUUCCUUUCAAGUCAUGGAUGUGGUCCCUGAAAAUGCAAUCUAUCCCACAGCAAGUGGACCGGCCAGCGUGCCCCAGGUCUAUGUAUGUCCCCUUUCAGCUUCACACCAACAGCCUCCAAACCCACUGCCACCUCACCCUUACCCUUCUCAUAGUACAAAUGUUGAGCCAUUGGCCAGAGAGGGCCAGCCAGCAUUGGGGGGCGUUUCAGAGGGAUACAGCUCCACCUCAAAGAAGGCGAAGAGGUCGCCCCCCUGCACCGCUCUUGUUUAG